UAUUCUUCAGUCGUAUUCGAACGCUGUCGGUCUAGCGCGCGCUAACUUCAAAUCGUUCCAUUUUCGAAUUUUAAAAUUUGAAGAUUUUUCUUUAUUGUUUCUAAAUGGCUAAAUUCGUGAAUUACAGUGAUUUCCUGUCCCCCUGCUAACAUUUUGUGUGUAAAGUUUUAGACAUUGCGUUUACGAAAAGUGCGUUUUACUUUUUAUUAAAAUUACUCUUGGUGGCAUACAUGAAAUUUUCAAGCGGACUGAUCGAAAAAAUGACCAUUUCUCUACUGUUCCGCAUCAACCCUAUUUACUACUCAGACUACUCGGAUACGAUCUAGAUCUUCUCCAAAAACUACAUCUACCUAACCACAUCUGUUAUUGGCUGUAUAAUUUCGAUUAUUACAAAUUCGGAGUGUACCCAAAAGACGUCACUUGAUAUUGAACAAAAUCAGCACAAAAGUUGCUAUGAUGGAUAUUAUUGCGAAUUAUCACCCGGUGUUCAAAGCGUUCCUGGCGGGUUCGUUCUCAGGAACAUUCAGCACUAUCCUGUUUCAGCCGCUGGAUCUAGUGAAGACGAGAUUACAGAACCCCAGCCAGCAUGUUGUUGCGGCGACUAUCAACAGCCGAAUCCAACCCGGCAUGAUCUCCAUAUUCAUGAACAUCGUGCGUCAGGAGCAUAUAGUGGGGCUAUGGAAGGGCAUGGUGCCCUCCAUAGCGCGCUGUGUGCCCGGCGUUGGGCUUUACUUCUCGUCCCUGCACUGGCUGAAGACGAAGCUAGGGAAGACUAACCUGACGGCGCUUGAAGCGAUCACAUUGGGUGUAGCGGCUAGAACCAUGAGCGGAGUCGCUCUUAUACCGAUCACUGUUAUUAAGACUAGAUACGAGUCGGGUGUAUACAAGUACACCAGCCUCAGCGGAGCCCUACGCGACACAUACCGGGCGGAGGGGCUGCGGGGGCUCUCGUGUGGGCUCGGUCCGACUCUGGCAAGGGACGCGCCCUUCUCAGGGCUGUACCUCAUGUUCUACACGCAGACUAAGCAGGCGGUGCCUCAAGAAUGGCUCCAAGCCCCAGCCACGUCGAACAUGAUCCACUUUUCGUGCGGUGUCGUCGCAGGCAUAGCGGCAUCACUCGCUACCAACCCCGCUGAUGUGUUGAAGACGAAAAUGCAGCUGUACCCGGAGAAAUUCCCGAAUAUGCUGACUGCGUUGAUAUACGUACAUCAGACUUACGGUAUCCAGGGAUAUUUUAAAGGAGCCGUACCAAGAAUGCUGCGUAGAACGCUUAUGGCAGCAAUGGCGUGGACCGUCUUUGAAGAGAUAACCAAAACCAUUGGCUUGAAAUGAUUUAUUAUGUUGUUAUUUUGUUAGUCUUUUGUUUGGAAUGUAUUCAGUCUGAUAAUCGAUUGGAGUUGAGUGGUAGCUAAAAUUAGAAGAAAGUGUAUAUUUUUUCACCAGAUAAAAGUAGGUGUUUUUAUCAAGUAGCUAUGUUAUUUCGAAGAAAAUGUAUAUUUUUUACAUGAUUAAAUCAAUGGUAGGUGUUUUAUCAAAUGCUAUGUUAUUUAGAAAAAAAAGUUAUUAAUUA